ACUCCUUGGGAGAAUCUUGAGGCUUCUGUGGAGUUGUCUGAAGUGAAGCCAUCCCAGUGAACCACCACCAGCGCUGUCCCUCCUGAACACUUGUUUGCUUCAGCCUCAGCCUCCCAGACAUCCUCCAGGAAUGUCUCUUCAUCCUUGUUAUCUACAAUUAUUGUAGCUCCUUCUCUGACCAUGUCAGUGAAUAAAACUUCCCCAGAAAUACAGACAUCCCUGCACUGGCAAGCCCCAAGCCAGGCACCAUAUGUGCCAGGACCCCUGGAAUUCCUCGAGUCCUGCAGUAUCAGAAGUGCUGCUGUUCUCAAGAGAAGCCCUUCAGCUGAGGUUGGAGACAUUUCAAGAAGAGAUCCUUUGCAGACUUCCACUCAACUCUUGGCCUUGGAUACAAGCCAGGAACAACCAGAGAAGAGCUGCGAUGAGGUGAGAAGCAAGCUUUCAAUGCUUCUAGAUGUCCACCAGAUCUUGGUAGGCAAUCAAGAUCUUCCUAAGCCCUCAUUAGUGAUCCAGGACCCUCUCAAACUGACCAGCUCUGUUCAGCCUCCAAUACAAGAAAACACUGGUUCUGGGGAUGUCCUCUGGGGCAAGUGCCACCUAAAUCACCAGGACAGAGGGAAUCUUGAUGAGGAAAGUGAGUGUAGUCCGGGGUGGGCAGAUGUUGCAGUCUUGGUGGAGAACAUUCAUCUCCCCCAGAUAGUCCAUUCUUUGGAUGACUUUGACCAGUGCAACCACCCCAUAGUCAUUGAAGCCCAAGAAACUGGAGUAAACAAGGUGAAAAACAUGCAAGAGAACUCAGGUAUCACAAAGCGUCCUUCACCUCAAGUGAGGAAGAACAAACAUAAAGCCUCCAGCCUAAUCACUGAAGCUCCUGCAGGGAAAGUCCAACUGAAGACCCCUGAGGGCCUGUUAAAGGGAGAAGAGCUCAUUUGCAGUGAAGACACCAGGGAUAGGACUUCCAUGGACAUGGCUGAGCUGAAGAACAACAAACCCCUGAGUGUAGCAUUUGGCAGGACCAAUCAAGCUAAUGGAGGUGGGAAAACUAGGACCAAGAGAACAAGAGAAAACAAAAGUAAGAAAAUGCCAGAGAGGAAGCAGUUGGGGCUCAAACUCAAGGAAGAGGAAAGGCCAAACAUUUCCAACUCGAAGCGCAAAAGACGCCAACCUGCACUUGGCCAAGAUGUCUUUAAAGUACCUCGAACCUGCCUAGGUAUGCAUAUGCUGGAGUCUGUGCAGGUUUUCUAUCCCUUAGGGAGGAAGAGAGAUAAGACAGCAGGGCCCUUUCCCUCCUGGGCACGGGGAACACUGAAUUCCACCAAAGACUCCAAGAAAUCACCAGCGGCCAAACCAUGGCAGGGGGCCCCACAUGAGGGGAAGGGGCCUGAGAGUGCUAGGAACCAGCACAGCAGCACCCAGGCAGAGGAGUCAUCUGCAUCCCUGAGUGAGCUCCCACCACCUGGGCAGGUGAGGUUAAUACCUUUGCACUUUCCCAGCUCAGAAAAGCCUCAGGUAAAACCUAUUUCUAGAAGGCCACAGGCUUUAGUCUCAAGGAGACCCGCUGUAGCUUUCCCUGUCCACCCUGUUGCUUCCAACACAGCUCAGCCAUCCCAAACAGCAGCUGGCAACACCUCUCUGAUGGGUCCUUUCAAACCAGCUAGGCCAGUCCUGGAAAAUGCUAAUCAGCCACAUUGGACCAUCUCAAAACAACCUGGACUUUCUCAGUCUGCAUUAUCUAAGGCUGCAUGCCAGGAAACACUACCACCUGCCUCUCUCAAAAGCAAGCUUGUUGCCUCUGCUGAGACCAAAUGCAGGGCCCCACCUCAGCUGCAAAACCCAUUUUUCCUGCAAGAUUUUAGUCGCCAACCGAUUCCCUGGAGGGAACCCAACGUGCCUGAGCCUGUUAAGUCCAGCCCCAUUACAGAAGAACAGAGGCCAGAGCGCGAGGCCAUGAAGAGGCAGGCUCAGCAAGAGCGGGAGCUGGCAGCCAAAUGCACCUCCUUAGGGAAACUGCAGUUUUUCAGGCAGAGAGAGGCAGACAGGGAAGUUGCUCAAUACUAUGGCUACUCAAGAUAAGAGGCAACAGCACUGUCUGAUUGUCUUGGCUACCAAGCGCUUACCCACAUAGAUAUGUAGAGAGAUAAAUAGACACUUAAUGAUUCUGAUGUACUAUUGAAGGUUAACAUAACCACAUACUGUUCAAGGGAGGAGUACAGUAGAAGUGAUACAUAGUAA